CCCUCUCUUCCAGAUUGGAGUCGGCCAUUUCAACUCCGCAGGCAAACCCCAGCGACAGAAGUGAGCGGGACUCCGUCUGAUAACACCUGAAGAUGAGUGAGACAGCUAUUUCCUUCGCCAAGGACUUCUUGGCUGGUGGUAUUGCCGCUGCCAUCUCCAAAACCGCAGUAGCCCCCAUCGAGAGAGUCAAGCUUCUCCUCCAGGUACAACAUGCCAGCAAACAGAUUUCAGUGGACAAGCAGUACAAGGGCAUUGUGGACUGUGUGGUCCGCAUCCCCAAAGAGCAGGGCUUCCUCUCGUUCUGGAGGGGGAACCUGGCCAACGUCAUCCGAUACUUCCCCACUCAGGCCCUCAACUUUGCUUUCAAGGACAAGUACAAGAAGAUUUUCCUUGACGGCGUGGACAAGCGCACGCAGUUCUGGAGAUACUUUGCGGGUAACCUGGCGUCUGGCGGAGCGGCCGGAGCCACGUCGCUCUGCUUCGUCUACCCCCUCGACUUCGCCAGAACACGUCUGGCUGCUGAUGUCGGCAAAGGCGGAAAGGAGCGUGAGUUCAAAGGCCUGGGAGACUGCUUGGUGAAGAUCUUCAGGUCUGAUGGCCUCAAGGGUCUGUACCAGGGCUUCAGCGUCUCAGUGCAGGGCAUCAUCAUCUACAGAGCUGCUUACUUUGGCGUCUACGACACAGCAAAGGGCAUGCUUCCAGACCCCAAGAACACACACAUUUUUGUCAGCUGGAUGAUUGCUCAGUCCGUGACCGCGGUUGCUGGUCUCGUGUCCUACCCCUUUGAUACCGUCCGUCGUCGUAUGAUGAUGCAGUCUGGACGCAAAGGAGCUGACAUCAUGUACACCGGCACCCUCGACUGCUGGAGGAAGAUUGCGCGUGACGAGGGCUCCAAGGCCUUCUUCAAGGGAGCCUGGUCUAAUGUGCUCAGAGGCAUGGGUGGCGCCUUUGUACUUGUCUUGUAUGACGAGCUUAAGAAAGUCAUCUAAGUUAUUUUUGUAUGUCCGCUGUUCAUGUUGUGAAGUUUAACUGUAACAUAUCUUGUACAUUUGGAUGGACUUAAAUGGCGCGCUAUAUUUUUCGGGACCAACUAGUAUUUUCUACUAGUUGUACCGGGGGAAUCUGUUAUGCACUCUUCUCUUGGCCCAUGCUUUUUUUUUCUUUCUUGUUUCGACCCUCACCAGAAUUUCAUUCCCUGAACACAGGAACCUUACUGGAAAAAGAGAAAUAAACACAACCUACUGAGUGA